UUUGCGACGCACGCUAUAUUUGUGAACUAAAAUGGUAGAAAUCAGUCUCAUAAUUGCUUUCAUCUUAAUCAUUUCAAGGAGUUUAUGUGUUAAAUUUGAUAAUGACUUGAAUGUGAAUGAUAUUUUACGUAAUGACCUGAUGCCUACAUAUUUUAUGAUCAACGGGGAUAAGAAAUAUGAUAAUGUUAGUGACACCAAUAUCAAAGGACUAAUUGCAAACGGAUCCAUUGACGCAGCAUUUUCUACGCUUGCUUUUCAUAGAGAAAUGAUGAACGAAUAUCAUUGUCGCAACUAUAUCGCUGAACAAAUACUUGAAGAAAUGGGUAAAAAGGUACUGCAGAGUCGCCUGGGAGAACCUUUUGCGACUGGCGCUACAGAUGCAAGGAUUACGAAGCGAAACCAAGACCUAAGGGACAAUUUCAUGUAUGACAUAGGCUCUGCUAACUACCAGGAGUGGUUAAUGAAAGUAGCAGCGUUAAACAAUGAGUUUCGUAGUAACAAUCCUUCAUUGGGAUUGAACAACUUGAUAAAUUCUUCACUUCCGUUAGAUCAGGGAAACUUCCCAUCAAAUAAUCAGGUCCAGCCACAUGUUUCUCAAUCUCGUGAAUAUGAGGUGUUUGAGAAUGGUGAGCAAGGCAUUUAUCCACCAUAUGCUGACUCGGGCAUGGGUCAGGUCCAAGGAGUCGAUCUAUCGAAAUAUAGUGGCGGGUACGAGUACCACAUGCCCCCGCCCCCGCCGCCAUUGUUCCACCACCCCUCGUCCCAGGUCCACGACCACGACCACGCAGACCACGUGGAAGUGCCGGUGGUAGAAAGAGAAAGCAGUCACGGCCUGGGCAUCUCAGACUUGUUCGACAUCUCUCUCACAGGAAUCGCCUUUUUGUCCUUUGGGAUGUUUGUGUUACAAGUUCUUAUGUGCAUUACUAUGAAUCCCCAACAGCCCCAGCUGAUGCAAGUGGUGGACAACAACGGAGACUCCAUGAACAUAGAGGAUAUAUUCCGAAUUAAGCGCGAUGUGGACGGUUCACGUCGUCCGAUGGUGACCGCUGUUAAUAAGCUAGCUAAAUACGCCCUUAUUGCUAUGAAGCCAAGGUCUUUGCCGUGCUUGUAUAGGGUGUUGUGUGUGGGCAACAAAAAGGCAAGAGGUUUUCGAGAUAACAAUCGAUAUUGGUUGCCUGUUUGGCAUGCGGGCGUGGCUUGGAUCCGCGGCGGAGCCCUGGGCGCCCUCCGCGCGGCGGCACUUGGUUUGGGCGACGCAGACUGCGACCUCCUCUACCCGCCCGCCCACUGCCAAUAAAUAGCAAGGAGAACCGGAGGAUAGCAAAAGCCUACUACCACUAUUAAAACUGGCUUGUAGACAUUAUCGUCAAAGAUCAUCGAAGUCGUCGCUUCGUUAAGACUGGCAACUUCAUUUCUUUUUAAAAAUAAAUCAGAUAGGUAUUUAAAAAUAGAAUAAGUAUAAGUAUGAGUAUAGAAAUCAUCUUGACCAGUUUUUAUAACGC